UUUUCUUAUUCUGUUGUAAACUUGUUUUUUCUUCAUUUUGUAUUUAUUCCAUCUGCGUUCCUUUAUCCGACUUUUUUGUUUGGUGGUUUUUAAUAUCUUUUUUAUCCUCUUGCCUCUUUAACAAACUUCUUUUUUUUGUAUUACUCGACUGAAAAAAAUGAGCUCCAAGCAAAAUCAACAAAGCGUUCCGCUGUCGCUCAGACGCAAGCUGGUCAUAGCGCUGGACCCCGAGCUUCUGACUGUCCCGGCCACCGCAGACAACACACUCGAGGCGGUCAACGAAGCAGCCAACGAGGCAGUGAUCAACCGCUUCCUGAGCUUCAAAACCGUCGCAUGGGUGAAAGCCAACCUAAUCCGACCGGACAUGGACCACGUCUUCCUGGUAACAUCGCUCGAACCCGCGGGCAGCAGCAGCAGUAGUGGCAUAGACAGCACAACUAUUUCUGCCAUGUGGACCAGUCUUUUUAGCGACCAGGACCCACAUGUGGAUCAAUUCAAAGUGGCCGAAGCUGCAUUGCGGCGUUUGGCUCACGCGCUUAGUCUAGUGGGCGUGUCUGCUUCCAUGGAGGUGUUGAAGGGCGGGAUGGAGGAUACGGUGCCUGAGUAUGUGCAUAGGCAUAGAGGGGAGCUUUUGGUCUUGCAGGCGCCUGAGAGGUCGACGUUGUUGAGCUCCUUGGCGUAUUCCUGGGCGGAGCUGUGUUCCCAGAAGGCGGAGUGUCCAGCGGUCAUUGUGAAGAGAUCGGAUUUGCCUGAUAAUAUUACUGUGGCCAUGGAUCCUCCUCCACCGACGCCAACUUCAACGGUCAAGGGACAGGUGUCGCUGAAUGACAACGAUGACGACGGCGACGACGAAUAAUUGAAUUGUUUUGUUUUGUUUUGCUUUACAAUAAAAAUUUUCGAGAUAA